AUAUAAAAAUUAUAGGUACCAAACCGUAAUUUUUGAUUUGGAUACAUGGAUCGAUCCAUAAAUCCACAAAUCCAAUUGGAUUUGGAUCAAAUGGAUUGGAUUUAAAUGGAUUGGAUUAGGUGGAUAUUUUUAAUAGGUUGGUGGAUUGGAUUGAGAAUUGCCACCUCUAAUCCCGAGAACCCAAUCCAUUGGCCUUCGCUCCGCUGCCACCGGAGGCUUAUGCCUUAGUCACAUCAUUGGACCAUGCAUCCAUGAUCCUUAAUCGUUGGAUGCACGCGCAUGCACAUUACUUACAAAAGCUUGCAUCCAAUGUAGUCAAACCGUAGGGUUUUAUGUGUAAGCAAAACGACGAGUAGUAGAAGGUUAAGCGUAUUGGUGAGUCUAUUCCAUCUUAGUGUCGGUUAAUCCCGUCUUUCGUUGAUAAGAAUCAAUACGAUCUUUAUAAGGUUCCUCCUCCGAAUGAAAUUCAAUAGGAUUUUGUCUGCCUCAACGUUUAUACAAAGGACGCCUAGACCCAUCAUCAGCAUGCUAACCGAGUUGUUGGACUGGAACAGUGUUCAGAGUUCAUCGAACAGUAUGUUUCUAUGACUUCAGUAGCUGGGAAGCCAUGGGAGGUCCUCGAUCUGUCCCUGUCCCUUUCAUGACAACUUCCAAAAUUGUUGGCUAGCAAGAUAAGCUGAGGUUGGGUAUUGUCCUGCAUUAAUCUGAUCAAUCAUUGCUCCCAAUGAAGCUCUCCACAAAAGCAAAAGGAUGAAAAAGCAGAGUCCCACAUGGCUUCAACUUCCAUAUUCCAAUGCUGAUAACUUUGUUUUAUUAACUUUUCCAUGAUCAUCAAACUCAUUAGUGGAGAGUUUAUGCCUUCAAUGGACCAACAUUGUAAUGCAAAAAGAUGGAAGAGGGAAAAGAAGAAAAGGCCUUUUUGCCAUUCAGGGAAAUGGCCCUCCACUGUACUUAUAAAACACAUAUGUCAGUUGGUUCAAUCAAUCUCAGCAGCAAGGUGAAGCUCUAUAUGCUUUUUCUCUAUAGUGUUGGAACUGUUCAUUUGUGGCAAAGGACAAUCUGCACUCCUUUCCCUUUGGCUUGUAUGGAAACUGAGGUUGUCUAGAAUUGAGAGAAAAAAGAGGUGAAAUGGAACACAAUAAUGGCAGAAAAGGAUGGGGGUGUUGAUGCUCUCUUUUCAUGGAAAAAGAGUAUGGACAGUGUUGAUAGUGGUCACUUAAUUAAUCAGCAAAAGAAGUGAUGACAAUAAUGCAUUGUUUCACUUGUAUAUUAAGAUAAAAGCAUUUCUUUUUCAUUUACCUAUAUUACUUCGUUGAUUAUAUAAAUUCAGAAAACAUAUCUUAAAUCUUAUUCAUUUUUCAUUCAUGUAUAGUUUUCAAAUAUGAACCACACCGACAAAGACGAAACGUUUUGGUGGCGGAAAGGUAUCCUUAUAAAGGGUUUUGGUUAGGGGCCAUUGGCUCCGGACCAAAGAUGAGUUGAAGUGCAUUGUGUCGUUGAUAGGUUUUGUGAGCUUUCAAUUCUUGAUGGGUCUUAGACGUACUUAUAACUCUCGAUAGAAUUAGGUUCAAACAUGUUUAACGUUAUUUUGAGAUCUUUUGAAAGAAUAACUGGACGUAAAAGAGGAAGAGAUUAUAUAGAGAAAAUAAUAGGAGAUAAAAUUGAAAUGGUUCUUGUUAUUCGAUAAUCUAACAUAAUAUCGAUGAUUACACAUAUAGGGCCCAUCAUCCUAAAUAUGACAAUUACCAUAGUGACCCUUGUACUUCAUCAUCUCCAUUGAGUGGUAUUUAAUGGUUUUGUUUUUCUUCCAAGUCUUGAGAAUUCAAUCCAACACACACAAUUUUCUAUUGUUCUUCCCAUGACACAAGAAGACAGGUGGGUUUCUUCCUUUUCCUUAAUGUCUGGUAGUGUCCUUCCACCUGCUGAAUUAGCAAGUGUGGGAAGAUUAGAAGAUUAAUGGUUGUGCCAAAAUAAUUUCAAUCAUACAUCUAAUCAAAAGACAAAGCAUGCCUAGGUAAUAGCUAUGCAUGCAGCCAAUAAUAGCAAAAACUCCCUUGUCCAAUUUUCUUUGCCUACUAAUACAGCUAAACCUUCCAUUAUCAUAGGGCUAAUUCUAUAAGCCUAAUAAUACAAAAGGUGGCUGCUCUCCUGUUUCAAGUAUAAUAGGAACCUCGAUUAUGGUUGGUUUCACAAGCCUAUACUCUGCCUACUAAUCCAUGAAUUUCUGCAUUAUAUGGUUUGGUACGAAAAUUAUGUUAUUCAGACAGACUCCAUGUAAGAUGAGGGUGAAUUGAAUUCUAUAGUAUACUGGCCAGUCUAGUGGAAGCAUCGGAUUACGGGUCUUAUGAUCUCGAACAAUAUUUGUAUAAAGAUUUCAAAAAUUUGAUCACAAUCCUUCCAAACCAAACAAUUUCGACAGUACAUAAAUUCUUAUGGGCAGUGGUCGGAUGAAAAGAAUGUCCCUCCCCAACUCCCUGGUAAGGGGGAUAAAUUGCAAGCAACCUACUUACCUUGGGGAACUUAUGUGUAGAAGUCUGUCUUUAGAGAAUGACAGAAAGCUGGAGUCACUGGUUACAAACCAAGGUGUCGAGAGUUAAAACUAGAAGAAGAUUGCUUCGAGGGUAACUAUGUCAUGACUAAAUGUAUGAGCAAUCCACCCAAAAAUUGUUUGCUGCCUUAUGAUAAUUUCUACGACUUACAUGCACUCGAUUAGUGACGUAUAUAAAGUUUCUCGGAAUUCAUGUAUUCUACCAACCUUAAUCAUCAUUAAUGACACUGAAAAUGAAGUGUAUAAUGGUGCCUUGGACAUGGUUCUGCCAUUUUUUUUGCCUGCCACUUAUUUUCCCGCCAUAAUCAGUUGUGUCUGUUAGGUCAAUGUUGAUGUUUGUCCUGAAGCCAACAGUGUUGUUUUGAGGAGUGGAAAGAAAGGGAUUUGGGACCAUCGAAACUCUGGAAAAUCUUGGCUGCAAACAGUCACGGGUUUAUAGUCAGUUGUUGUUUUCUGUCCUUCCAAGUUCCAAGCUCAUCCCUUUUUGGAAGUUCAUCCUUCCUUAUACACCAUUAUUCUCUUGACACGAGGAUGGAGAUAGAUUCUUCUAAUAAUUUUACCAACGAGGUAAAUUUGAACACUCUCCGAAGUUUAAGUUAGAGAAAAAAAUUAGAAAUACAUAACUGAAAUUUAGCUCAAUAAUUAACGCGAAUUAAACUUCCAAUAAUAUGUUAACCGGUGCUGGAACUGAAUUAAAUAAGUAGUCACGCCAUUUAGUGACAAACGACAACAGUGAUGAUAAACAGACAAAAUGGAAGCAAACCUUUUCUCUGAUCAAAAUUCCAUCUCCAUCUCCUUGUUUCCCUCUUAUCUCUUCCACUUCAGGAGGGAGGAAACUUCACAUCUUUAUUUGUCAUCUUCCACCUUCAUGAACAUCUGACACUUCUACAGCCAAGCUCUACUCCUCCUUCCUUCCUUCUUCCAUGGCUUCUUCCAUCUCUUCCUCCCAUGAUGAAGAGACACCUGACAUUGAAUCAACAAAAUCAGUUGUGUCAUCCAUCACUGACCACAUUCACCAGCUCAUUUCCAGUCCUUCAUCAUGGAAUUCCCUCAAGUCAGCUUCCACUUCCAGGCUCAGCAACAUUGUCCAGCAAAACCAGGAGAACCAUUUUGAACUCUCAGAACACUCGGUCAUCUCAAACCUCUACUGGGGAAUUGAAGCCAUUGACUCAGCAAUGCAGGCACAGGAAGUUGAGGAGGGAAGAACAAGCGGGUUGAAGAAGGCAGAAUCAAUGCUUCAAGUUCCUGCAUUGCUUGAAGAGGAUGGUGUCACAGCUGGAAUUCACAACCAGUACUUAAUCUGCUGCUCAUACUUCUUUCUGUCAGUUGUGAAGAAGCUGCAGAAUGAUGAAUGGCAGGUUGCCCUCCACUUCUUCCAGGCGGUAAUGGUCUCUCCGAGGCUCGUUAGGGUCGAAUUCGCUCCUCGUGUUUGUGAAGACCUCUUUCAUGAAUCUUGCAAUGACGAGGAUGUGAGGAGGAUGGCUAGAAGGUAUAAGCACAGGUUGAUGUAUUAUCAGGUGAUGUUGUAUGGAGAUGUUGGGAAAGGUUCCGUUGAACAUAAACCUCAAUCCUUUAGGCAACUGCUGAGCUGGAGAAAUGAUCCUUUGGAAACUUACUGUAAUAAGCUAGUCCAGUAUGAGAAGGUGCAUCCAUUUGAUUCACAAAGCUGUGAAAUUGAAGAAGUUGAGGAUUAUCAACCUCAGAAGUUGGAUGUCAAGAAGGAUACAUUUAGAAAGGAUAAAAGCACAAGAAGCCUGCAGGAAGUACUGAUGGAAUCCGAAUCAGAUACCGAGACUACUUCAGUAAGUUCAUGCUGCAACUAUCAUGUGGAAGAAGGUGGUGAUCACCCUGAGGAAACCAUUAAUGAAGGCUCAAUAAGAUAUAUCAAGGGAAGUGAAGAUAAUCAGUUCAGCUUAGUUAACCCAUGUGAAUAUAAAUCACUUCCUCUACUGGUAAAUGAAGAAAAGCCUAAAAUCACUUCUGGCAGAAUAGUUUGUUCCGUUGGACAUAGAGACAGAAAGACAGAUUCUUUGUUGAGUUGCUAUGCAGAAGAUGAUCAUCAUGGGAGAAUCACCAUGGAAGACCUGAGAAGAGGCAUGAUGGGGAAGAAUGAGAAGGACAAGAAGAAAAAACACAAGAAAAAGAAGAAGAAUUUGCUUACUGGAAGAGACUUCAGCAGCCAACUCGCAAUGCAUAAUAAUGAACAAGGUUCUGAAACUGAGCUAGUCCUAUUACUCGAAAAGGCGAUUUCUAGGCUAUGCUUCUCAGAAGAAGAAGAAGACUAUGACUAUGCAAUUCAAGUCACAACCAUCUAUGAAAUGCUGAGCAAGAAAAGGGGAGUGAAGUACAACAUGCUUAAAAAUGUGAUCCUUGAUCAACUAUUAGUAGCAAUUUCAACGUCCAAGGAAGAAAGAGUAAUAAGAGCAUCAGUCUCAAUCCUCUCAACUAUAGUACUAGUCAAUAACUCGGCUGUGGAAGAGAUCAAGAGAAAAGGAUUGAGCUUAUACAAUCUAGCUACUGCUCUCAAACAAAAGGUUCAUGAAGCAGCCAUUCUCAUCUACUUGAUAAACCCAUCUCCAACUGAGAUCAAGACACUUGAACUCCUACCAGCAUUGGUGGAAGUUGUCUGCACUUGUUCAAAGCCAAUGCUGACGACAACGAUGAGAUCAUGCCAGCUUGUGCUGACACCUCCUGCAGCAUCACUGAUGAUCAUGGAGGUUUUGGUUACUGCAUUCGACUGUGAUACGAAUAAUAUGCACCUGGAAUCUAUCAACUCUCCUCAAGUUUUAGGGAGGCUUGUGGAAGUUGCAAAGAUGGGCAGUUUUGAUGAGCAUGUGGUGUCAUUGGCUAGGAUUCUUGUAAAGUGCAUGCAGUUUGGCGGAGAUUGCAGGAGAUACAUAUCGGAAUCUGUUCCGUUAGAUGCAUUCGCAUGUCUAUUACAGAGAAAGGAGAAGAGGGCUAAGCUUUCUGCUCUUGAGUUCUUCCAGGAAAUCCUUUGCAUUCCAAGAUCAUCAGCUACCAGCUUAUUGCAAGGGAAAAAUAAAGGAAUAUUUGGCAGCAGCAACCUUAUGCAAAUACUUCUAGACUGCAUACAAGAAAUUGAAACUGAUCACAAACUUCUAGCAGCAAGUCUGUUACUUCAGUUAGACACCCUGGAAGACUCAUCCAACAAAAGCAUGUUCACAGAAGAGGCAUUGAAAGUCAUCCUCAAUGGACUGUCAAAUGAACAAAGCUCCACAUCACAACAGUUAGCUGCAUUCAUUCUUGCAAACAUUGGAGGAACAUAUGCUUGGAAUGGAGAGCCAUACACGUCAGUGUGGUUAGUGAAAAAGGGAGGGUUGACCUCGUUGACCCACAGGAAUCUGGUGAAGAACUUCAAUCAGUUAGACCAGACCCUGCAGGACAUAGGUAUUGAUCCAUGGUGUGCCAAGAUAACAAAGCGGGUUGUGGACAUGGGAAAGCCUGUGUUCCAAGCUCUAGCCACUGGUCUAAGAAGCAAGAUCAAGAGGGUUCGUCUCAACUCUCUCACGGCCAUUUCUUGGAUUGGAUGUGAGAUUGGAAAGUACCCAAAUAGUAUAAGAUACUCUGCCUGUGAGAUUUUGCUUAGUGGAUUGGAGCAAUUCUUGCACCCUGGGAUGGAGCUUGAACAUAGGUUCCUAGCUUGUAUGUGCAUUUAUAACUAUGCUUCUGGCAAAGGAAUGCAGAAGCUUAUUAACUUCUCAGAAGGGGUGAGAGAGUCAUUGAGAAGGUUGUCCAGUGUGACAUGGAUGGCUGAGGAACUACAUAGAGUGGCUGACUAUUACUUGCCCAACAGAUCACGGAUUUCUUGUGUGCACACGCAAGUUCUGGAGGCUAAACACAGCCGCAGUGGAGCAGUGACUGCCCUCAUUUACUACAAAGGUCUUCUGUUCAGUGGAUAUUCAGAUGGCUCGAUCAAGGUUUGGGAAAUCAAGGACCAGACUGCCUCACUUGCAUUUGAGAUGAAAGAACAUAGAAAGGCAGUGACUUGUUUCUCACUGUUGGAACAUGGGGAGAGUCUUCUCAGUGGCUCUGCUGAUAAAACCAUAAGGGUCUGGCAAAUGGUGCAAAGGAAGCUUGAAUGCAUCGAAGUCAUAUCAGUAAAUGAAUCCAUAAGAAAGCUGGAAACGUAUGGUCACAUGGUGUUUGCCAUCACACAUAGCCAUGGAAUAAAGGUUUUUGAUUCAUCUAGAACAGCCAAUGAUAUAUGCAAGUCGAAGAAAGUGAAAACCAUGACAACUUCAAUUCAGGGCAAGAUUUACCUGGGCUGCAAGGAUGCAAGCAUUCAGGAGUUCAGCAUAACAAGCAACAGGGAGAGAGAAAUCAAAGCUCCAGUGAAGAAUUGGAUGAUGCAAAGCAAACCCAUCAACUCAAUAGUAGUGUACAAAGACUGGCUCUAUACUGCUGGCUCGUUAGUUGAAGGUUCAAAAGUUAAGGAAUGGAGAACAAACUGUAGGCCACAGGUUUCCAUGGUGGCAGAGAAAGGCAAGAGUGUGGUGGCCAUGGAAGUUGUGGAAGACUUCAUAUACUUGAAUUGCAGCUCUUCAACCAGCUCGCUUCAAAUUUGGCUGAGAGGGACACAGCAGAAAGUUGGCAGAAUAUCUGCAGGGAGCAAAAUAACUAGCCUUCUCUGUGCCAAUGAUAUUGUUCUCUGUGGUACUGAGAAAGGACUUAUCAAGGGAUGGAUACCUCUUUAAUGCAACAGCAGAGUUUCCAAUUAUGGGGGUUUUUUUUUUGUUCAUUUCAAAGGCUUGGUUUGGUUACAUUAUAGUUCACUUUGUAAAUAGUUUAGCAUACAAUACAAGAGAGGAGGUUGCCUGAAAAUAAUUGUGAUGUGUAUUA